UCAGCGAGGGCCUUGUAGACUCCCUAAUCGGGAAACCCUGAACCACAGGGUGUGGAGAAAGUGACCGCUGCUGCUGCCGGGACUCUGUUUGUAUCGCGAAGUUUGCAGGUUUUGUGCUGAAAGAAGCCGUGUAUUGUUCGAGAUAUCUACUUUAUUGUCUGUUUGUGCCGGAUUGCGGUGCUUUAGCUGAUUGCAUUCCGUUUUGCUGCUUCUGGGUGCUGCUCGCCGUCGUGGAGCAUGAAGUGCGCAUAGAUGCUUUCCUACACCGCCGUUCCUGCCUCUUCUUCCUCUUCCUCUUCUUCUGCUUCUUCUUCUUCUUCGAGACUCCAUCAGCUGGAGUUGAUUGACUCUGUUCCCCGAUCACCUGCUGCGUCUGCAACCCAGGAAUCCUCAACAGCCCAAUCAACCUCCUCAGCCUCUUCCUCCACCUCCUACACCUCUCCCUCAACCUCUUCCGCCUCUUCCGCCUCCUCCGCCUCCGCCUCCGCCUCCAAAGCCGUCGUCCGUCGCAAGAGCCAUCGCAAGUCAAAAACAGGCUGCGUCACCUGUCGCCAGCGCAGAGUAAAAUGCGACGAACAGCUCCCCGUCUGCGCAAACUGCAUCCGCCACAAAGUCCGAUGCGACUACGCCGACCUCUCUUCUGACGCCAUCCGCGACCGCCACCUCGCCCAGAUCGUCGAGCACAUCAUCGACCGGCUGACCGCGAAAUCAAUAGCCAGUCUCCGUCCUUUUGCCUCCACGCGCCCCUUCGAGGGCCUCUCCAACACCGACAUGCGCCUGCUCCAGCACGUCUCGAUCUGCGCCUCCAAAUUCGUCGCCGUCAGACCAGAGCACGGCCUGAUAUGGAAAGAAGUCGCCGUGCAGGCCGCCCAGCGCGAGCCCUUCCUCCUGCACGCGUUCCUCGCCGUCGCCUCCGCGCACGCAUCCCAUCUCGUCAAAUCAGACGAACUCUUCCGUCUCUCGCUCGAGCACAAGACCGUCGCCCUGCGCGGCGCCCAAAACGCAAUCUCCGUCUUCUCCCGCAGCGACGCCGAAAACGUGCUCGCAACCUCGCUCCUUCUUUCCUGGCAAUCAUUCUACACCGAAGACCUCGACCCCACCGGCGGCGCGCUCUUUGCCUCGCUCUCGGCCGGCAUCGAGACCGUGCUCGACGCCAUGGGCCGCUGGCGCGACGAGUUCCCGCUCGCGUCGCUGUACUACUACUCCACGCACUGCGAGUUCUCGCCCUCGCCGCUCGACAGCCCCGCCGAUCGGCUCACAGUCUUUGCGCAUCUGCGCGCGGCCAUCGCGGGGCUCGAACCGCUGGUUUACAAAGCCCCCGCGCCGGCGUCGAAGUUCCACAACCGGAGGAUGUGUUUUGAGGCUCUGCGGACGGCUGUUGACGGACUGAUUGGCCAUCUCGAGAGCGGUAAAUUCGACGGCUACGCGCACCACGAGAAGAUUGCUCUGACUGAAGUCUUUACGCGAUGGCAGCUCUUGUUUGCGCCGCUCGAGGCUGGAGAGUCGUCGUCGUCGUCGUCGUCGUCGUCGCCUCCUACAGCUACUAACGCCCCUUCACCCACCGCUUCGGCGUCGUCGGAUGCGUCGUCGGGAUCGUCAGGCACGUCAGCAACCACAUGCUCCCCCUCAUCUUCCCCAAGCUCCUCGACCGUUGCGGGGCAGACUCCGAGCGCGCCGUCAGCCUCGUCUGCGCUGGUGUACCACUGCCACGGAGACACUCCGACGUCGAACAAGAUCAUGGAAGCAUACUCGCAAGACGCGGCGACGCGGAUAGUAUUCGCGUACUACUACUGCGUCGGAAUCCUCCUGCACGGGUUCUACCCGCGCCUGCGACGGACCAAGUCGUUUAUCUCGCGACUAGGCCCGUUGGAGUCCAUCAUCUGGUCGCUCAAGCAGCACGAAGACUGGUGGCACGAGGUCGAGCCGUACGGGUACUUUGCGCAGCGGGCGAUCGAUUGCUACAAGGUGCGGUCGUGGGGGCCGGUGCUGGAUUUGGAGGCCGAGGUUGAGUUGCCGGAGCGGGUGGCGGAGGUGCUGUGGUACGGCAUGACUGAGUCGAAGAUCUUGAACAGCUUUGCGAAUUUCUCUGCGCUGUUGUAGGUGAUUCUGAAUGAAAAAUGGGGUGUGAGUUUGUGUAUUUUUGUUGGCUGGAGUUCUUUUGAUUUAGAUAUGUGACAACUCUGAGAUGGUGUGGAUAAGAUGACGAGAUAAGAUGACGAGAUGAACGGACGGACAGGAAUAAUGGACGGAGUA